AUGGUUAAAAUAUUGGUUGAAAUAUGGUUGAGAUGUGGUUUUAUGGUUGAAAUGUGGUUGAGAUGUGGUUUUAUGGUUGAAAUUUUGGUUGAAAUUUUGGUUGAAAUAUGGUUGAAAUGUGGUUAUAUGGUUGAAAUUUUGGUUGAAAUGUGGUUUUAUG